GGCCGUCAGCGGUGGUCGGCCUGGCGGUCUCCUCCAUGACCUGCAGCAGCCUGGGCCUUUCCUGGCAGCCCGGGCCCGGCAGGACGCAGCGCUUCAGGCUGCAGCUGCAGGACCAGUCGGGUCUGCUGAAGAACGAGACGUUGGAGAGCACGGCAACGCAGCGCACGCUCUUCGGCCUGACGCCAGGACGACUGUACCGCGUUACCAUGGUGACGGAGGCUGGCAAGCUGCAGAACAACGUGACGAUAGAAACUCAGACAGCGCCCUCUGCCGUUUCCAACAUCACUGCCGACAACAACGGCACAAGCUUCUGGUUGUCAUGGAAACAGCCCACAGGCGACUUGGACGCGUACGUCGUCACCUUCUCCUCCAACGACACAAUCGUCCAGGAGACGACUCUGCCUCGGGACGCCACGGACGUCUCAGUCCACCACCUGACUCCGGGCUCGGCCUAUCAGGUUACAGUGAUGUCGGUGAGCAACGGGCUGACGAACCAAUCAGAGUUCUCCAUCAGGACAGCUCCGGUGCCCGUGUCUCUCCUCUCUUUGUCUCCCUCCUCCUCCGGCGGCCUCCUCCUGACGUGGUCUCCUCCUGCUGGUCGCUGGGAGAACUACAGGCUGUUCCUCUUUGACGGCUCUCAGCAGUUAGUCAGUACCGCUCUGGACCGGGACGCAGUGAACUUCAGCUUUAAUGGGACGGGACUAACACCUGGAAAAGAGUACAGAGCGGUGCUGCGAGUGGAGAGCGGCGGACUGACGGCUGAGAGCGGCUGCGACGGAUCAACAGCUCCGGCUCCGGUGUCGGACCUCCACAUCCGCCAUUCAGAUGAGACCUCGCUCAGCGCCAUGUGGAGCCACGCCCCCUCCGGAUCACGUGACAGCUACUUCCUUACUCUCCGCCACGCUAACGUCACCGUGGACACACGGGAGGUGGAGCCAAACAUGAGGGAGUGCACGUUUAAUGUCCUCACACCCGGGAGGCAGUACAGCAUCACCGUGACGACCCGGAGCAAAAGCCUGAACACCUCUGUGUCCGUGGAGGGGAGAACAGCUCCGAUGGCGUUACACUCGAUCAACCUGAGCUCGUUGGGAGUCGACCGCCUGCAGGCAUCGUGGGAAAAACCACCAGGAGACGUGGAGGCGUACACGCUGACCCUGCUGCAGGACAGUGUUGCUGUUCAGAACCACAGCCUUCCACCUGGUUCUUCUUCUCUGGUUCUGAUGGGUCUGACUCCUGGCGCCCUCUACAGGCUACAGGCCGCCACCGUCAGCGGGGAGCUGCGGUCCAAACCCGCCAGUCUGAAGGCUCGAACGGCCCCGGCUGCCGUCUCCCAGGUGACCGUUGCUAACGGCGGUAAAUCAGACGCCCUUCACGUGUCGUGGCGUCCUGCAGAGGGCGUGGCGGACAGCUACCUGGUCCGUCUUCUGGACGGGAAGAGGACCGUCCACACGCUGGCGGUGUCCAGCUCCUCUCCGCCUGAGUGCUCCUUCAGCUCGCUGGUUCCUGGACGCCUGUACUCUGUCGCCAUAGUAACGAGAAGCAGCGGGAUGGAGAACACCACGGUGGUGCAGGGGCGAACACAACCUGCAACGGUGCAAAACCCAACAGCUGUUCACUCUGCAAGAGACGACUUCCUCAAGGUGUACUGGCAUCACGCUGCUGGGGAUCUGGACCGCUACGUGGUUCUGAUCCGUUACAACCACACCAUCCUGCAGAACAAAAGUGUGUCGGCCGGACACAACGAGUGCGCCUUCUCUUCUUUGACACCGGGGAGACUUUACACCGUCACCGUGGAAACCUGGAGCGGCGGCGCCGUCAGCUCCGCCUCCACCGUCGGUCGAACUCUCCCUGCAGCUGUUAGCAAUCUGUCGCUAGGCAACACAGGAACGACUCACCUGAAUAUCACCUGGAGCCCCGCCCCCGGAGAUGUGGACCACUACGAGGUGACUCUGCUCUUUAACGACACUCGGGUUUUCCCUCCGGUGACGCUGAGCAGCGACGCGCGGCACCACCUGCUCACCUCUCUGACUCCUGGGCGCCUCUAUAAGCUCGUGGUGUCCACGUUCAGCGGGCCGUAUCAGACGGCCCAGUUCAUCGAGGGACGGACAGUCCCCAGUGCAGUGAGGAACCUGCGCCUGGUCCCUCAGCCUGGUCUGUCGGACCCUGAUGGUGGGCUGCUGGUCUCCUGGACGCCUGGAGACGGAGACGUGGACAUGUACAUCGUGUCCCUGUCAGCCACGGACGGCGUCGCCGUUGAUACUCGUCCCGUCCCCAAACACGUUUCCUCCCUGGACUUCCUCGAUCUGAUCCCAGGCCACGCCUACACCGUCACCAUCCAAUCACUGAGCGAGAAGCUGACCAACAGGAACACAGCCGCGGGCCGCGCAGCUCCAGCCGCCGUCACCGCCCUGCAGGCCGAUAACGGACACACCACCCACAGCCUCGCCGUCAGCUGGGAGCGUCCCGUGGGCGUGUACACCGGUUACAGCCUGCAGCUGCUGGACGACGCCGGCGCCGUUCUGAUCAACCGCUCGGUGGGGGCGGACAGUCGAAGUGAGCGCCUGGAGGGUCUGACUUCAGGGAAGUGGUAUCGUGUGAAGUUGGUGACGCUGAGCGGCGGCGUUCCCUCUCUGUACGCCGCCACAGCUGAAGGACAAACCCGUCCGGCUUCAGUCACAAACCUGACGGUGUCCUCGGUGAACACCACCUCCCUCAGCUUCUCAUGGCGUCCCUCAGACGGGCACGUUGACGUCUACGACCUGUCCCUCUACAGCGUCUCUGAGGCGUCGGUCAGUCACCGAGCUGCAGGGAGCAGGAAGGACCAGCAGCAGGCUGCGGGUGAGCUGGUGGGCCUGCAGAAGGUGGGUCCAGCUGCGGACAGCUGCGUGUUCUCCGGCCUGCAGGCAGGAAGUCUGUACAGACUGCAGGUGGUGAGCUGGAGCCGAGACAUGAGCAGCGACUCGUCCGUCCUGGCCAGAACCGUCCCGUCUCCGGUGUCGUCCCUGCAGGUCCAGAGUUCAGGACGGACGGACACACUGACAGUCAGCUGGGAGCGGGGACAAGGUAGCUGCAGCAGCUACCAGGUGGUUUUGUUCGAUGUAUCUGGAGCCACGCUGGGGGAUCAAAUGCUCGGGGCGGAUCACCGGAGCCACACCUUCUCCGGUCUGACCCCGGGGAGGCGGUACCGCAGUGAGGUCAUCACUCACAGCGGAGAGCUGACCAAUAGCGUCGCAGAAUUCGGACGCACCUCUCCAGAAUCGCCCACCCACCUGUCUGUCAAACAAGGUCUGACCAAUGACGUGGUCGAGCUGUCGUGGUCAGGCCCCGCCUCCGGAGAGUACGACGACUUCAGCCUGCGGUGGACGCCGGAGGACCAGCUGUCCGUCACACAGACUCACCUGACCCGCCGCCUGGUGGGCGGGAUGUUCCCUGGCAGGAAGUACAACUUCACCGUGACGACAGUCAGCGGGGGCGGAGCCAGGGGCGGGCCCACUGCCAGGAGCCAGCCAAUCCAGAGGAGUGUCAGGACAAGUCCGUCUCCUCUGAGGUCCAUCCACUGCUUCCCUCAGUCCUCCUCCUCCCUCUCCUGCUCCUGGUCUCCCCCGCUCGCCGACUUCGACUCCUACGAGGUGGAGUGUCGUCGUGGCGACGAGCUGACCUCGGCGCUGAGACUGGCCGGGGGCGUCACCGCGGUAACGCUGGACCACCUGGAGGCCUUCAGGAACUACUCGGUGAUGGUCCGAGUGUCGUCGGCCGGACUGACGAGUCCUCCGGCGACUCAGAGCGCCGUCACGCUGAUCGACCGUCCUCCUGUCCCGCCUCCCAGCGUUUGUGUCGACGGGAAGACGUCCAAAAUGACGUCGUCCUCCAUCUUGUUCCGCUUCAACUGCUCCUGGUUCAGCGACGCCAACGGAGCCGUCAGAUUCUUCGCUGUGAUCGUCGCCGAGUCCGACGCCAACGAGAUCCUGCAGCCGGAGCAGCGCCACCCGCUGCCCUCGUACCGCGACUACAUCAGCAACUCCUCCGUCAGAGCCUACCAGACGGCCUUCUUCCCGAGUCGCUGCCCGCAGGACGCCGACAGCCCCGCCGGACAGGUGGUGGAGGUGAACCUGGGAGCAGGAGGGGAGCGUCUGGGCGGGGCCUGCGAUCGUUACCAUGACGACGACCUCUACCAGAGGGACAGCUACGGAGGCUUCUGCGACGGGCCACUGAAAGCCAAAACCUCCUACAGGCUGAGCGUGCGAGCGUUCACCAAACUGAUGGAGGAGCACAGAGAGGUCGCCGAGCCGCUGUUCUCCGACACGUACCUGUCGGUACCGCUCAGGACGCACGCAGAGCCGCUCGGGGGUGUGGUGGAGGGUCUGAGCGCUGGGAUGUUCCUCCUCGGCAUCAUGGUGGCCGUCGUGUCUCUGCUGGUUUACAGACAGAGGCUCCGCAAAGUUAACCGUCGUGUCACCAGCCCCGUCAAAGCCGGACACUUUGAGGCCCACCUGGUGAAGCUGCAGGCCGACUCCCACUUCCUGCUGUCAGAGGAGUUCGAGGAUCUGAAGGAUGUGGGCCGGAACCAGACGAUGGAUGUGGCCCGACUGCCGGAGAACCGAGGAAAGAACCGCUACAACAACAUCCUGCCAUAUGAUUCAACCAGAGUGAAGCUGUCCUACCUGGAGGACGACCCCUGCUCCGACUACAUCAACGCCAGCUACAUCCCUGGCAACAACUACCGCAGGGAGUACAUCGCCGCUCAGGGCCCGCUGCCCGGCACUAAAGACGACUUCUGGCGGAUGGUGUGGGAGCACGGCGUGCACAACGUCGUCAUGGUGACGCAGUGCGUGGAGAAAGGACGGGUGAAGUGUGAUCAGUACUGGCCCGCAGACAAAGAGCCGCUGUACUACGGAGACCUGGUCCUCCAGAUGCUGUCAGAGUCCGUCCUGCCGGAGUGGACCAUCAGAGAGUUCCGGAUCACCUCGGAGCGCAGCUGCAGUUACCCUCGGGUUCUGCGUCACUUCCACUACACGGUGUGGCCCGACCACGGCGUCCCGGAGAGCACCCAGUCCCUGAUCCAGUUCGUCCGGACGGUCCGGGACUACGUGGACCGAUCCCCGAGUACCGGAGCCACCGUCGUGCACUGCAGCGCCGGAGUGGGUCGUACCGGGACCUUCAUCGCUUUGGAUCGGGUUCUGCAGCAGCUGGACUCUAAAGGAACCAUCGACCUGUACGGCUCCGUGUUCGACCAGCGGCUGCACCGACAGCACAUGGUCCAGACCGAGUGUCAGUACGCGUUCCUGCAUCAGUGCGUCCGGGACGUCCUGAGGGCCCGGAAACAUCGCAGCGAGCAGGAGAACCCCUUGUACCCCAUCUAUGAGAACUUCAACCCCGAGUACUGCCAUGAUUUCAUCUACAGACGUUAAAGAACCAACAGGAAGUUCCUGUCAGAAGAACAGAGUCACUUCCUGUGAAGAUCAUCAGGAAUGCUUUUGGUUUCGUAUCAACAUGGCCGCCAUGGUUUCACUAAUAAUCUGAGUAAAUCUCACCACAUCGGUCCAAACCAUCUGAACUGUCCCUUUAAGACGUACAGUGGACAGACGAGGACGUUGGAUUAACUCAGGGACGUUCUGCAGCUCCAGACUUCGCCUCAUGUUGAUCUAAAAUAAUUCAUAAAUUUAAUCUACCCUCUACAUUAAAUUAAAAACGAGACCGAGCAGCGUAUUUAUGAUGAACUUGGACUCAGAGCUCCGUCCACAUGUCAUCUAGAAAUCUGUUCUUGAAGCAGAUUAGUAAUUCGGCUGCUGGGAUUAGGAUUACAGUGCUACCAGAGAUAUUUGAAAUUUAACUCCAACAAUGAAUAAUGAAUGGUGUUUUACCCUCAGCAUUGAAUCGGACCCGUCGGGUCCAACAGAACCAGACCUGAACCCGUUUCUACAAACGGUCAGUCUGAACACGUCUUGAUCUAUAAGCUGUUAAUUUAAAGAAUCACACGUUGCUGUAUGUAAAUAUUGAUGUAAUCUCUAUAUCCAUGGAUUAUAUUUGGAUCAGUUUAUUUUUUAUAUCGACCUCCUUUUAAUUCUAAUUAAUGUCACUUUUAUACAAACGGUUUCCUCCUUUUCUAAUAAAAAACUAUCAGAAAAUAACU